AGGGGCAUAGCGAGAGGAAGAUAGAGCAGGCUGGAUAUGAUCGGGAAGAAAGAGAGGGGAAGAGGGUAAUGGUAGGUGAGCGUGAACGCCGGAGAUUAAGAUAUAUCGAAAGAGGAAAUUUUAUUGGUAUGAUGCUCCAAAUGAAACCAAAGUUCAACGAUGAAUACAGCAGACACUAAUAUCAUGUAAUUUCUAGUCCAUGGGGUUCAUCCAAGAUGAAUCGCGAAUUAAUGCAGUUUAGGCUGUUUUCGCAUGCGCGAAAAUUUACGAAUGUUUUUCUGGAAGUGAAAGAAAUCGUCACAUGCUGUUGCUUGAGAUUGAUCCGUAGUCAUCUGAAUUUGGUCUCUGGGUCAGACAAAUUCUGGGUUUGACCCAAUCAUAUUUCUACCUCUCAUGACCUCCAGAAUGCUUAGUUUCUCAGCAACACAAGGUAUGACGGCUCAUUUGUUGUGCCCGGAGAGUUUCUCUGAGGUUAAGAGCUUUAUCACCGGGAAGCAUUGGGAAUCAAUGAGGAGGUAGCGUAAGGCUUGCAGAUAUCGGCACCAGUUUUGGAACUAUUGAGGGCAAAAUGGCUGUUGAUGAUUUCUUUUGGGGAUCUUAAGCGAAUCUCAAGCAGGCGAGUCAACUUCACAACAUCUAUAUACUUGUAAGAAUCAUCGUCGAGGUACUGUAGGAUGAGUCAACAAUAUCUCGGCAAAUAGUCACAAAUUCCCAUUAUUUGUGACAAAUCUGCUCACUGCUCUCGAAUUUAAAAGGAUUAGAAGAUUCCACUUUUCUUUUUUCCAAAAUCUGUUACGAUAGAUCACUAAUAGAUCAGCAAUAGCCAACAAACCAUAAAAAAUCAGUAGUGGAUAAUUGCCAAAAACAAGAAUCUCCAACGGCUAUGCCUCCGUCAAGCCUUGAAGAGACCACUACUUCGCCCAACACUCCACCACUGACCAAAGCAUGAAGCAGAGGCCGGCGGAACAUCCAAGGAGUACAUGGAACGCAUGCAUGGCAAACAGGCGGUUCUCGAUAAUCCAGACCUCGUUUCUCCUUUCGAGCCUAUAAAACUUCCCGACUCAUCCGUUUUCAUGAAGCCUUACCUGACACUACCAUCAUUAGAACUGGUUUGUGCGCUUACUUUCGGACCACUCCCGGAGGAAGAGCUUGAAUCGGCGGAUGGGAAGAACCCUCUUCACAAAGAAGCUUUCUGUGAUGGGAAACCUUUGGUCCCUUCGUUACUCGAACAGCCACAGAUAAAUGGUUUACUAUCGCCCACGCAAGCUCCGAGCAAGACCGAAUCGGCUUCUGAACGAAAGGAAACCAUUGAUAUGCAUGAAUCCUCCGAAGCCAUCUCAACCAUGUAUGUGAUUCUCUACAUAAUUGUGCAGGGGAGCCGUCGAAAUGAAUCAUGUAUUCCCCACAAUCAUCAGGUAUCCAGAGACCCCCGGAAGACUCGCCCGAUUAUCUUCCUCACCAUACAGCUACGAAUAGCAAGUAUAAAGUAGAUUUUGUCCAUCCUUGCCGUGAGUAUACACAGCUCUUCGAAUCUCUUCAAAGUAUGUAGCAAUUACUUCGACUCGAUUGCCAUAAUGGAGUACUCUUGGUACCAGAAAAUCGCUCCCCGAAUACUACAGUAAUGUCAAUCGACUGAUUGAAGACGACAAUUAUGGAACUAUUGCCACAUAUAUGGCAUGCUGCAAGCACAACCAUCAGCUUUGGACCAAGAUGCGUGAUGAAAGCAUGAUCGAAGGACAGUAUAGAUUUAACUGUCGUAUUUGCAAUCAUAGGUGCAUUUCACUAGGUGGUAGAGUGGGCAGGGAUUGUACCAUGCAGAAGGUUUUACAGAAACGGGAUUGUAGAAAAGAGUAUGGAAUGCCACUUAGGAGUUAUGUGCGGGACUGCUGCCCUGAUGGUCUCACUAGGGACUUGUACUGCACGCAUGUUUCGAAAAAAGACGAAGACGGAGUUCUGCAAGAAUUCGUGGAGGAAAACGGAAUGAGUGACCUAGGUAUGCAGUGCUCAAAUUAUCCGAAUACUGUAUGGAUUCAAACCGAUUAACUGAGUUGAGUGUCCACCGAAUGGCGGAUACUCGCUUAUACUAAAAAAAGAAUGAACCUUCGGAAGGUAUUGUAGGAUGCGAAAGACCUGUCAAGAUGGAUAACAAUGGGGUCGUGUAUGGAAGAGGUAUUGGGCUUAAGAGAUGUGUAUGUAAUCUGGCACUUGGUCGAUGGUUUUUAAAUAAUAUCUUUAACAUAAAGUUUUGUUGUAUGA